CUUGCUGUCGCCAUGGUAGCACUCACAGUGUCCAGUGUGGUGGCCAAAACCACACAGAGACCCAAGUACCAGUACACAAAGAAACCGGGCGUGUACCGGGACCAGCCCCAGACCACCAUGCACCCCCUGGCCACCACCAGCAUCCCCAAGACACACAAGGUACCGGUGACUACAGUUCCCAUGAUUCCCCUGGCCACCACGGACAGCACCACCUUCCCCAGCGACCUCUUCCCGGACUACUACACUGAGACCACAGGGCCCCCCGGUGGCGGGCAGGAGAACUACACGCUGGAUUAUAACGAGUGCUACUUCAACUUCUGCGAGUGCUGCCCUCCUGAGCGAGGGGCGCGGGGGCCCAGGGGAGAGAAGGGGCCCAGGGGAGAGAAGGGGCCACCAGGUGUGCCGGGCCUGAAGGGGGAGGCUGGCCCCCGCGGGCCCCCUGGACGGCCAGGGGAGAGGGGCGACAGGGGAACUCACGGGUCAAACGGAGCAGCGGGGCUUCCGGGGAAACCAGGACUGAGAGGUGAAACAGGGUCCAGAGGAGAGCCUGGUCAGGCUGGGCUGCCCGGGGGCAAAGGUGACCGGGGGGAGAAGGGGGACCCCAGUCAGAAUGGCACAAAGGGAGAGAAAGGGGAACCAGGAAGGGAGGGUCCGGCAGGCCCCCCAGGGCUUGCGGGGGAGCUGGGCCUCAAGGGAGACAAGGGGGACAAGGGUGAGUGUGGGACGUACGGGGAGAGAGGCCAGAAGGGGGACAGGGGGGACCCUGGGUCUCCCGGCUUCCAGGGAGCGAUGGGCCACCAUGGGAUGGACGGCAAGCCGGGCCCCCCGGGGGUGGCGGGGGUCCAGGGGAACCCCGGCCCCCCCGGGGUUCAGGGGGAACCAGGGGUUCGAGGGAUACCUGGGCGAGCGGGGCGCCCGGGGAUGCGGGGGGAGAGGGGCCUGCGAGGGAUCAAAGGGGCCAAAGGAGCAGCGGUGCCGCAGCAGCGCUCUGCCUUCAGCGUGGGUCUCUCCCCCAGCAAGUCCUUCCCUCUCUCCGGCUCCCCCGUCCGCUUCGACAGGAUCUUCUACAACGGCGAGGAGCAUUACAACGUGUCGUCCAGCAGCUUCACCUGCGCCCGCGGUGUCUACGUCUUCUCCUUCCACGUCACGGUGAGGAACCGGCCGCUGCGCGCCGCCCUGGUGGUGAACGGGGCGCGCCGUGUGCGGACACGGGACUCUCUGUACGGCCAGGACAUCGACCAGGCGUCCAGCCUGGUGCUGCUGCACCUGUCUCCGGGGGACCAGGUGUGGCUGGAGACUCUCAGGGACUGGAACGGGGUCUACUCCAGCAGCGAGGACGACAGCAUCUUCUCUGGGUUCUUACUCUUCCUGACAAGCCCUGAGUAUCUACACACACACACUCUC